AUGCCUGAUGUUGGUAGUCUUGCACGGUGUCCACAACCGAAAUAUUCUUUUCAACUGCAGCCAUUUUGCAAGCAAGACCUCGUGUUUUCACCUAAACCCAUAAACCAACAAAAUGGAAAACGACGCCGGUGAAUGUGUUGACUUGUACUGCCCAAGGAAAUGUUCUGCUAGCAACAGGAUCAUCCAUGCUAAGGAUCAUGCUUCCAUCCAAAUCAGCUUGGUUGAUGUUAACCCACAAACUGGCAGGAUGACCGACACCUCCAAGAGCUAUGCUCUCUGUGGUGCUAUCCGCAGGAUGGGAGAAUCUGAUGAUUGCAUUGUCAGAUUGGCCAAGAAAGAUGGAAUCCUUUCCAAGAACUUCUAGAUUUAUUGACUUCAUGAAGGUGGUGUUCUUUUUUAUAAAAUACUGUUUUGUGAUUAAAUAAAUCUUUAUUUAUAAGGUAAACAUUGCCAUUAUAA